UAUAUAUUUAGAAGAAGAAAGGUGCAUAGAGGAAGAGAGAAAUGGCGAUACUUUACGCGUUGGUAGCGAGGGGAUCGGUGGUGUUGGCGGAGCAGAGCGGGACGACUACGAAUGCUAGCACGAUCGCGAGGCAGAUAUUGGAGAAAAUACCAGGGAAUAAUGAUGAUUCAAACGUGUCGUAUUCGCAGGAUCGGUAUAUUUUCCAUGUCAAGCGGACGGAUGGACUUACUGUCCUCUGUAUGGCUGAUGAUAGUGCUGGAAGGAGAAUCCCUUUCGCAUUUCUUGAAGAAAUCCACCAAAGAUUUGUGAGGACCUAUGGCCGGGCAGUUCUGUCUGCGCAAGCUUACGGUAUGAAUGAUGAAUUUUCAAGGGUCCUUAGCCAGCAAAUGGAAUACUACUCUAGUGAUCCAAAUGCAGACAGAAUAAACAGGCUAAAGGGUGAAAUGAGUCAGGUGCGCAAUGUCAUGAUUGAGAAUAUCGAUAAAGUCCUAGAGAGAGGUGAUCGUUUGGAAUUGCUGGUCGAUAAAACAGCUACUAUGCAAGGGAAUACUUUCCGCUUCAGAAAGCAGGCUCGCCGUUUCAGAAGCACCGUAUGGUGGAGGAAUGUCAAACUAACGGUGGCUCUGAUAUUCCUCCUCCUCGUGAUAAUUUAUGUUGUUUUGGCAUUCGCUUGUCACGGGCUUACACUUCCAAGUUGUUUGAAGUGAGGAUUACUGGAUCAGCAUCACGUCUUCGUCCUGGAACUUUUUAUUGUAGUCCACUUGUUUUGCAAUUUUUUGAACUUAAUUCAUCUUGGGGUUUAGCUUGGAUGUGUAUUUUGGCGUGGAUCUCAUCCUUGAAAUGUAUUUAAUUGCUUGAAGUUCUUGCUUAUAAGCAAGCUAAAACUCUUGGCUUGAGAAUGUAUAUUGUAUUUAUAAUUUUGGCUCCUGUAAGGAAAAUGAAGGGGUCAAAUGACACAUGAUUGAUUAUAGGCUUGAUAUCUGUGUUGAAAUGUAUAUUGAUAAUCUUUUAAUGUGCAGUCUAUGCUGAAAUAUGCUUCGUUGUUUGCUUUA